UAGAGGCUGGCAGGCGGGGGAGGGAGGGAGGGAGCGAGGAGUUCCCGGGGGCUCGGUACGGCGCUGCGCUUCCCCCCCCCCCCCUCCUCCUCCUCCUCCUCCUCCUCCUCCCCCCGCCCGCUCGCGCCCGCCCGCCGCUGUCCCCGCGCUGCCUGGCCGGGGCUCAGGCCGCCGCCGCCGCCGCGCCGAGCCGAGGUGAGGCCGGGCCCUGCCGUUGCCGCCGCCGGGCGCUGCGCAGGUUUGGAACGCGCGCCAUUUUGUGAGCGAUAGAAAAUCCAGCCCGGCCAGGAAGCGCCGCGGAUCCGCCCGCCGGGCCGGGCCGGGCCUCCCCCCCCCCCUCCUCCUCUUCGCCGCCCAGAGAGGAAGGCGCGCAGCGGACGGACCCCGCGGCCGGUGCCCCCCGCGCCCCGAGCGGCACCGGCACCGCCGCCAGCCGUGCGGGCCCGAGCGCGGCGGGGCGGCCGGACUGCGGAGCGCACAAGAGGGAGGCGCUGCCGCGCCGGGGCCCCUGGCCGAGGCAAGCGCUCGCUCCUCGCCCUGCCUGCGCCCGCCGCCCGAGGGAGGAGGCCUCGACCGGGAGAAGCCGGGCCGGACCGGACCGCAGGGCCCGCCGCCGCCCCCGGCACGGUGUUGUUUGCUGCUGGACUCCCCCCGUCCCCCACACCCCUGCAGGAUGAUAUGAGACUUGAAAGAAGACGAUGCAUACAGGAGGAGAGACUUCAGCAUGCAAACCUUCAUCUGUUCGGCUUGCACCAUCGUUUUCAUUCCAUGCUGCUGGCCUUCAGAUGGCUGGACAGAUGUCCCAUUCGCAUCAGCAGUACAGUGAUCGUCGGCAGCAGAACAUAAAUGACCAACAGGUUUCUGCCUUAUCAUAUGCUGACCAGAUUCAGCAACCUUUAACAUUAACAAACCAGAGGCGGAUGCCCCAAACUUUCCGUGAUCCAGCCACUGCUCCAUUGAGGAAACUCUCCGUAGAUUUGAUCAAAACAUACAAGCAUAUUAAUGAGGUUUACUAUGCAAAAAAAAAACGGCGGCAUCAGCAGGGCCAAGGAGAUGAUUCCAGUCACAAAAAGGAGAGAAAAGUUUACAAUGAUGGCUAUGAUGAUGACAACUAUGACUAUAUUGUAAAAAAUGGGGAGAAGUGGAUGGAUCGUUAUGAAAUUGACUCUUUAAUAGGCAAAGGAUCCUUUGGACAGGUUGUAAAGGCUUAUGACCGAGUGGAACAGGAGUGGGUAGCUAUCAAAAUAAUAAAAAACAAGAAGGCUUUCUUAAACCAAGCCCAGAUUGAAGUGCGACUGCUUGAGCUUAUGAACAAACAUGACACUGAGAUGAAGUACUAUAUAGUGCAUUUGAAGCGCCACUUCAUGUUCCGAAACCAUCUCUGCUUAGUCUUUGAAAUGCUGUCCUACAAUCUGUAUGAUCUGUUGCGGAACACCAACUUCAGAGGUGUCUCAUUGAACCUGACACGAAAAUUUGCACAGCAAAUGUGCACUGCACUGCUUUUUCUGGCGACUCCUGAACUUAGUAUCAUUCACUGUGACCUAAAACCUGAGAAUAUCCUGCUCUGUAACCCCAAACGAAGCGCUAUCAAGAUUGUUGAUUUUGGCAGUUCGUGUCAACUUGGACAAAGGAUAUACCAAUAUAUCCAGAGUCGUUUUUAUCGAUCACCAGAGGUGCUACUGGGAAUGCCUUAUGAUCUUGCAAUUGAUAUGUGGUCCCUUGGGUGUAUUUUAGUUGAGAUGCACACUGGAGAGCCUCUUUUUAGUGGGGCAAAUGAGGUGGAUCAAAUGAAUAAAAUAGUGGAAGUUUUGGGGAUACCACCUACCCACAUCCUUGACCAAGCACCAAAAGCAAGAAAGUUCUUUGAGAAGUUGCCAGACGGCACUUGGAACUUGAAGAAGACCAAAGAUGGAAAAAGGGAAUACAAACCACCUGGAACUCGUAAACUUCACAAUAUACUGGGAGUUGAAACAGGAGGACCAGGUGGACGUCGUGCUGGGGAAUCGGGUCAUACUGUAGCUGACUACUUGAAGUUCAAAGACCUCAUCUUAAGGAUGCUUGAUUAUGACCCUAAGACACGAAUUCAACCUUAUUAUGCCCUACAGCAUAGUUUCUUUAAGAAAACAGCAGACGAAGGUACAAACACAAGUAACAGUGUGUCUACGAGUCCUGCCAUGGAGCAGUCACAGUCUUCAGGAACCACCUCUAGUACAUCUUCAAGCUCAGGUGGAUCUUCUGGAACAAGCAACAGUGGAAGGGCACGGUCAGACCCCACACACCAGCAUCGACAUAGUGGUGGACACUUCACUGCUGCUGUUCAAGCUAUGGACUGUGAAACACACAGCCCACAGGUUCGACAACAGUUUCCUCCUCCAAUUGGUUGGACAGCCACUGAAGCUCCUACACAGGUCACUGUUGAAAACCAUCCAGUUCAAGAAACCACCUUCCAUGUAACCCCUCAACAACAGAAUGCAUUACAUCAUCAUCACGGAAAUAGCUCUCACCACCACCACCACCAUCACCACCACCACCACCAUCAUGGACAGCAAGCCUUGGGUAGCCGGACCAGGCCGAGAGUCUACAAUUCUCCAACAAACAGCUCCUCCACCCAGGAUUCUAUGGAGGUGGGCCACAGUCACCACUCCAUGACAUCCCUGUCUUCCUCAACUACUUCUUCCUCUACAUCUUCCUCCUCUACUGGUAACCAAGGCAAUCAGGCCUAUCAGAACCGCCCAGUGGCUGCUAAUACCUUGGACUUUGGACAAAAUGGAGCUAUGGACAUGAAUUUAACAGUCUACUCUAAUCCGCGCCAAGAAACUGGCAUAGCUGGACAUCCAACAUACCAGUUUUCUGCUAAUACAGGUCCUGCUCAUUACAUGACUGAAGGACACCUUGCAAUGAGGCAAGGAAUUGAUAGAGAAGAGUCUCCCAUGACAGGAGUUUGUGUUCAGCAAAGUCCUGUGGCUAGCUCGUGACUAAACUGAAACUAAGUUUGUUUCUUGUGUGUUUUUAUAGAAGUGGUGUUUUUCCAAAAACAAAGUGCAAAGCUGCUUGAAUCAGAAGGAGAUAAACUCACUGAACCGCUACAGGAGGGCAAAGCUGACUAUUUUUUUAAACUUGAAAAGAUUGCAAAGGGACAAUGAAGUUUUUUUUGUUGGUUUUUGGGGUUUUUUUUUUUGGUUUUGUUUUUUUUGUUUGUUUGGUUUUUUUUUUGUUUUUUUUUUUUUUAAAGAGCCAUGUCUGGACCCACCUUAACGGAUAGCUUAGUGGUGUUCACCUUUUGCUUCCCCCAUUUUAACUUGCCACAACCUAGUCAUAGUUUGGUUUUUGGGGAGGGUGGUUUUUUUUGGUCUCAUUCAACAGGGGUUAUUGUUCAAAUGUUAGUUGUAGUUGCAAACUAGUUUCUUUUUAAAGGCAUUGCACAUGAUUUAUAAAAAGGCCCUUUGAAGUUUUUUGGUGGGAGGGGAGUGAGUAAUAUAUAUAUAUUUUUUUUAGUUCCCCAAACAAACAUGGGCACAGAAAUGCAGUACUGUAAGAAAGAGGGACCUUCAGAUUACACAAAUAUAUAUUCUUCAGCUGUAAAAAGGGACGGUUGUAAUGGAGUUUGUAAGGCACAUUAAGCAUGCUAAGUGGCGGUGAUCAGAACUCUCCUUUUCUGAAUCUACUGAGGAUCAAAGCAGCAAUUGUAAUGGGAUUCUGUGGGUCUCAUAUUUUGGAGACCACAGUCAGUUAGUAUUGAAAUAUGACUGGUUUCAUAACUGAGGUGCACUGAGAAGCAAUCAACGGGUCGGUCCUGGCCAGUCCUGGGGAGGUCUAAGUGGUGGUCUUUGGGAUAACCUUUGGCCUUAUGGAUUUGGACUCUUAAGUUAGAAGAGCCUACCAUUUCAGAUGCAAUCACUUUUGGACAUGCUUUUGCAGACAGUCCUUAAUGCUGAAAACACAGAGAAUGGGUAAUUCAAGAGGCCUUUCUUUUAAAAUAGACUUUUGUGACCCACUUAUUGUAAGGUAUUGCAAGGUCACUUUGCGUGUGUCAUAAAGUUGACUUCCUUAUUGGUUGAAGGUCACAGGAGUAGUGGUUUGCGUUUGAUGGAAAUAGCUACAACUGUGUCCCUUCCUGCUUUUUACUUUUUUCUUUUGCUUUUUCUCGGCACGUGGUUUCUCCACCAUUACUUCUGCACAAAGACGUCUUCUGUUCAUCCUGAACAUUUUUAAAAAUGCAGAAUUUUAUGUGACUGCUUUUUUGCCUCACAAUUAUGCUGUGAAUUUUACAAAAAUUUAUUUUCUUUUUUGAUAAUUUAUUGUACCAAAGCUGUUUUUAUAGCACAUAGAUGUCUGUAACCAAUAAUGUAGCAGUUCUGCACUUUGACACAAGGUGUAACUAGACCAUUUUUAAAUGUCAGUUGAAAAUUAUGGCUGUACUAUUGCUUAAACAAAACUGGAACUGUUGUUGAAUUCAUAGCCAAUACAUUUACAGCAAUCUGUGUACUGAACAUAAUAGAUUGACAUCUACUUUGAGACUAUAACAUCUGUUACAUUAUAAAUGUGUUCAGGCUUCUGAAGGUAAAAGGGACACUAGAUCCAGAAGCUAUGAAACCAGCAGUUGACUCUUGUAUUCCUUAUUAACAUAAUUGUAAACUUGAAGGCAAGACCUUGAUUGCAUGAACAGGUCCAAAAAUAGUCUGAGUAAAGCAAAACACUCACAUGAGACCUGAGGUUAGCAGGCUGUAUUUAACAGGUGCCUAAUUUUUGGGUAAUGCUGCCUUAAUAUAACACAGUCAGCUUGGCAGUUGCAAAAUUUACGGGCCCAUUCAGAGAUUUAUUUGUAUGAAAAGUAAAAGCUCCGUGAAGAACAUUUGAAAGAAUAAGGGUAAUUCAUUGAUUGCCCAUCCCAGAUUAACAUUGUUUGCCCAUUAUAUAUUACAGAAGCAGUGAUCUACCUCUGCCAGUAAGCCCUUUUAAAAGUUAAUUUAGCAGAAAAUUCGGAGUUCAUACUGGUCAAUUCCAUGCGGCUAAGUCACUUUUUCAGACUAAAAGGUGGAAUUUUUUAUACUUACAGUGGCAACGCAGCAGCUGACUACCAGGUAAAUGGGAAUGAAUACUUGGGAUUACCAUUUUUUUGUAAAUCAUGAUUUUUUUAAUCAAGCGAUCCAUAUUUCUUUUGUAUUGACACGUCAACCCUGUGGAUGAAAGUGGGGGUUUUUUUCUGUUUUCUUUUUGUUUUUAUUUUUAAACUCAGUAAUUCAGAGAAGUUUACAGGAUUUGGAAGGCUGUCACCUUAGAAACAGGUUGCUGAGUUUAGCAAUAUGAAAAGGAAUCCAGUAUUUACUGCUGUCUAGGAAUAUAAGGGUAAUAUGAAAUCUGGGUAAUUUUUGUGUGCGCAGGUUGCCACACCUUAGCAAGCGCCAAAAAAUAAAGCAGUUUAAAAAAAAAUCUACAUAAAGAAGAAAUCAUAAAAUCCAGUGCUUCUGCAUACUGUGUUAUGUUACAGUCCAGUUUUGUGUGCUUUACUACACAGUUUGGUUACAGGACUUCUGUGCAUUGUAAACAUAAACAGCAUGGAAAAGGUUAAAUACCUGUGUUCAGAUUGUAAGAUCUAGUCCGGACUUGCUGUGUAUAUUGUAACGUUAAAUGAAAAGACAAGCCCUUUGUAUUAUAGUCAUGCAGUCUUAUGUAUGAUAAACAGUUGAAUAAUUUGUCCUCA